AUGAAUGUGGUAGUAAAAACCGUCAACUUUAUUCGAUCCCGAGGGCUUAACCAUCGUCAGUUCAAGGAGUUUUUGGAUGAAAUAUCAGCUGAAAAUAACGACGUAACAUAUUAUUGUGAAGUCAGAUGGCUGAGCAAAAGAAAAAUGUUGAAACUGUUUUACGAGUUUAGAAAUGAGAUAGCAGACUUUAUGAAAAUAAAAGAUAAACCGCUAUCUGAAUUAAGUGACCCAAAAUGGAUAUGUGACUUAGCAUUUCUGGUCGAUCUCACAGGCUAUUUGAAUGAUUUAAAUUUGAAAUUUCAAAAACAAGAACAGUUAGUAAAUGAUUUGUACAGCCAUUUGAAAGCGUUUCAGAUCAAACUACGCUUGUGGGAGUCACAGAUGCUGUCUGGUAACAGUUACCAUUUCAACACGCUCUCUGCGUAUGAAAAUAUUGCUUAUGCUCAAUAUGCUGAAGAACUCGAAAGUUACUGUCGGAACAAUUUUCCAACAGAUUUAACGACUUCAAAAACAUGGAAGACUGUUUCAGUUUAUUUGCUACUCCUACAAAAUAUAAUGUACAAAAUGCUCCAAUACAAAUGGAGUUGA